CCGCUUCCUGAACGGCGGGUGGGUAGAACAGGCUGGCGCGGCUAGGGGACCGGCGGGACACACUCUCUCCGGGCCCGAGGUGACAGCAGCACGGCCCGCCAUGGCCGGCGAGCGGACCCGCAGGUUCACCCGGAGCCUGCUGAGACCCGGGCAGGCGGCCGAGCUCCGACACAGCGCCGCGUCCGCCGCCGCGGUGGCCGUCAGCAACCGGCAGCUGCAGCGGCAGGAAAAACCCAGACUGUUGGAGCCUUUGGAUUAUGAAACUGUCAUUGAAGAACUUGAAAAGACCUAUGGGAACGAUCCUCUUCGAGAUCUCCUCUUCUUUCCCAGCGAUGACUUCUCAACAGCCACGGUUUCUUGGGAUAUCCGAACACUGUAUUCGACGGUACCCGAAGAGGCCGAGAACAAAGCAGAAAGCUUGCUGGUGAAAGAGGCUUGUAAAUUCUACAGUUCCCAGUGGUAUGUGGUAAACUACAAAUACGAACAGUAUUCGGGAGACAUUCGACAGCUACCCCGAGCAGAACACAAGCCAGAGAAACUUCCUUCACAUUCCUUUGAGGUUGACCAUGAAGACGCUGAUAAGGAUGAAGAUACCACAUCCCACUCAUCUUCCAAGGGCGGUGGGGGAGCCGGAGGCACUGGUGUGUUCAAGUCUGGCUGGCUUUAUAAGGGGAAUUUUAACAGCACUGUGAACAACACUGUCACUGUCCGGUCAUUCAAAAAGCGCUACUUCCAGCUGACUCAGCUGCCAGAUAACUCCUACAUUAUGAACUUUUACAAAGAUGAAAAGAUCUCCAAAGAGCCCAAAGGCUGCAUCUUUUUGGAUUCCUGCACAGGUGUGGUACAGAAUAACAGGCUGAGGAAAUACGCCUUUGAGUUGAAAAUGAACGACCUGACCUACUUUGUACUGGCAGCUGAAACAGAGUCCGAUAUGGACGAGUGGAUCCACACCCUCAAUCGCAUCCUACAGAUCAGUCCAGAGGGACCACUCCAGGGAAGGAAGAGCGCGGAGCUUACCGAGCUGGGGCUGGAUCCUUUGGAUAAUUCUCUGACUUGUGAAUGUACGCUGGAGGAAACAGAUUCUUCAGAGAACAGCCUACAUCCUGACUUUGCAAAAUACCUCACAGAAACAGAAGACACUGUCAAAACAACGCGAAACAUGGACAGGCUCAAUCUGUUCUCCCUGGAUCCAGAUAUAGAUACCCUGAAGCUUCAGAAAAGGGACUUUUUUGAACAAGAGUGUGUUAUCAAACCCUUUGAAGAGAAAGCUGCCAAGAGGAUCAUGAUCAUCUGUAGAGCUCUCAACUUAAAUCUUCAGGGAUGUGUUACAGAGAAUGAAAACGAUCCCGUAACCAACAUUGAGCCUUUCUUUGUGAGUGUGGCGCUUUAUGACCUCAGAGAAAGCAGGAAGAUCUCUGCCGAUUUUCACGUAGAUCUGAAUCACCCUGCUGUCCGGCAGAUGCUCUCAGGGGCCCCACCAGCCUUGGAAAAUGGCAACAUUGACACUGGCACACCAAGACAAUCAGAAGAACCUCACAUAAAGGGCCUUCCAGAGGAGUGGUUAAAAUUCCCAAAGCAGGCUAUAUUCUCUGUGAGUGAUCCACACUCUGAAAUUGUUUUGGUGGCCAAAGUCGAAAAAGUUUUAAUGGGAAAUAUUGGGAGUGGUGCUGAACCUUAUAUUAAGAAUCCAGACUCCAACAAGUUUGCACAAAAAGUCCUAAAAUCCAAUAGGCAGUUCUGUAGCAAAUUGGGAAAAUACCGGAUGCCAUUUGCUUGGGCUGUGAGAUCUGUAUUUAAGGACAACCAGGGAAAUGUGGACAGAGACUCAAGAUUCUCACCAUUGUAUAGACAAGAAAGUAGCAAGAUUUCAGCUGAGGACCUGCUUAAACUGGUAUCAGACUACAGGAGAGCUGACCGGACAAGCAAAAUGCAGACCAUCCCUGGAAGCCUGGAUAUUAUUGUGGACAACAUCCCCUUGGAGCAGCCAAACUGUGUAACAUCGUCCUUUAUCCCUGUCAAGCCUUUCAACGUGAUGUCUCAGUCAGAACCUACAGUGGAGGUGGAAGAAUUUAUUUAUGAUUCAACAAAGUAUUGCCGUCCAUACAGAGUAUACAAAAAUCAAAUUUAUGUCUACCCCAAGCACCUCAAGUAUGAUAGCCAGAAAUGCUUCAACAAGGCACGAAAUAUAACUGUGUGCAUUGAAUUCAAAAACUCUGAUGAAGAUGGUGCCAAGCCCAUGAAGUGUAUUUACGGAAAACCUGGAGGGCCGCUCUUCACGUCAGCUGCCUACACAGCUGUCCUGCACCAUUCUCAAAAUCCAGAUUUCUCUGACGAGGUGAAAAUUGAGCUCCCAACACAGCUCCAUGAAAAGCACCACCUUCUCUUUUCUUUUUAUCACAUCACGUGCGACAUCAAUGCUAAAGCUAACGCCAAAAAGAAAGAGUCCCUGGAGACAUCAGUGGGAUAUGCGUGGCUUCCUCUGAUGAAACAUGAUCAAAUAGCUUCUCAGGAGUACAAUAUUCCGAUAACAACCACCCUGCCUCCUAAUUAUUUAAGCAUUCAAGAUUCUGCAAGUGGAAAGCAUGUUGGAAGUGACGUUAAAUGGGUGGAUGGUGGCAAGCCACUUUUCAAAGUGUCAACAUUCGUUGUAUCAACAGUCAACACUCAGGACCCACAUGUGAAUGCGUUUUUCCAUCAGUGCCAAAAAAGAGAAAAAGACAUGUCUCAGUCACCUACCUCGGGUUUUGUCCUUGCUUGUAAGAACUUACUAAAUGUGGACAAGAUCCACUCGAUCAUGAGCUUCCUGCCCAUCAUCCUGAAUCAGCUCUUCAAAAUUCUAGUGCAGAACGAGGAAGAUGAAAUCAGUGCAACCGUCACCAGGGUUCUGGCUGACAUUGUGGCCAAGUGUCAUGAGGAGCAGCUAGACCAUUCCGUCCAGUCAUACAUUAAGUUUGUAUUCAAGACCAGGUCCUACAAAGAGAGAACGAUACAUGAGGAACUGGUGAAAAAUUUGAGUGAUCUUUUGAAGUCAAAUGAUUCAACAAUAGUCAAGCAUGUCCUAAAGCAUUCUUGGUUCUUCUUUGCAAUUAUUCUAAAAUCAAUGGCACAGCACUUGACUGAUACAAAUAAAAUUCAGCUUCCCAGAGCUCAAAGAUUCCCGGAGUCUUACCAAAGUGAACUAGACAAUCUGGUGAUGGGUCUGUGCGACCACGUGAUUUGGAAAUACAAGGAAGCCCCUGAGGAAACAAAACGAGCGAACCAUAGCGUCGCCAGAUUCCUUAAGCGCUGUUUCACAUUUAUGGACCGGGGAUUUGUGUUUAAGAUGGUGAACAAUUACAUCAGCAUGUUCUCCUCUGGUGAGUUCAAGACUUUAUGCCAGUAUAAGUUUGAUUUUCUUCAAGAAGUUUGUCAACAUGAGCACUUCAUUCCUCUGUGCCUCCCCAUACGAUCAGCGAACAUUCCAGAUCCUCUGACCCCUACGGAAUCAAUUCAAGAGUUACACGCCUCAGAUAUGCCUGAAUACUCAGUCACAAAUGAAUUUUGCCGCAAACACUUCUUAAUCGGAAUUCUGCUCCGGGAAGUCGGCUUUGCCCUGCAGGAGGACCAAGAUAUCAGGCACUUAGCCUUAGCUGUUCUAAAGAAUCUAAUGGCUAAGCAUUCUUUCGAUGAUCGAUACAGAGAACCUAGGAAGCAGGCACAGAUAGCGAGCCUCUACAUGCCCCUGUAUGGCAUGCUGCUGGACAAUAUGCCGAGAAUCUACCUGAAGGACCUGUAUCCUUUCACUGUGAAUACAUCCAAUCAGGGAUCUAGAGAUGAUCUAAGCACUAGCGGAGGAUUCCAAACCCAGACGUCCAUGAAGCAUGCAACUUCUGUGGAUACAUCGUUCUCCAAAGACGUUUUAAAUUCCAUAGCAGCAUUUUCAUCAAUAGCUAUUUCUACAGUGAACCAUGCAGAUUCCAGAGCAUCCUUAGCAAGCCUCGAAUCCAACCCAAGCACCACCGAGAAGAGCAGCGAGAAGACAGACAACUGCGAAAAGAUCCCAAGGCCCUUAUCUUUGAUUGGGUCAACUCUUCGAUUUGACAAAUUAGAUCAAGCCGAAACCAGGAGUCUUCUUAUGUGUUUCCUUCAUAUUAUGAAGACAAUUUCAGUUGAGACUCUGAUUGCCUACUGGCAGAGAGCUCCCAGUCCAGAGGUGUCAGACUUCUUCAGCAUCUUGGAUGUUUGUCUUCAAAAUUUUAGAUACCUGGGAAAACGCAAUAUAAUAAGAAAAAUCGCUGCGGCGUUUAAGUUUGUGCAGUCUGCCCAGAACAAUGGAACUCUGAAAGGAUCCAACCCUUCCUGCCAGACCUCCGGUCUCUUGUCACAAUGGAUGCAUACCACUUCUGGUCACGAAGGGCAUAAACAGCACAGAUCUCAAACCUUACCUAUAAUUCGAGGCAAAAAUGCACUUUCCAACCCCAAACUUUUACAGAUGUUGGACAACACCAUGAACAGCAACUCCAAUGAAAUAGACAUUGUCCACCAUGUAGACACUGAGGCCAAUAUAGCCACAGAAGUUUGCCUGACUAUCCUGGACCUGCUGUCUCUCUUCACUCAAGUCCACCAGAGACAGCUCCAACAAUCUGAUUGUCAAAACUCACUCAUGAAAAGGGUCUUUGAUACGUACAUGCUGUUCUUUCAAGUCAACCAGUCAGCCACAGCCCUGAAACACGUGUUUGCUUCUUUGAGACUGUUUGUGUGUAAGUUUCCCUCAGCAUUUUUUCAAGGGCCCGCUGACCUCUGUGGCUCUUUCUGCUACGAAGUCCUGAAAUGCUGUAACCACAGAUCACGCUCCACUCAGAUGGAGGCCUCGGCACUUCUGUACUUUUUCAUGAGGAAGAACUUUGAGUUUAACAAGCAGAAGUCCAUUGUCCGCUCUCACUUACAACUCAUCAAAGCCGUGAGCCAGUUAAUAGCUGACUCGGGGAUUGGAGGAUCUCGGUUUCAACACUCUCUUGCAAUCACCAACAACUUUGCCAAUGGAGAUAAGCAGAUGAAAAACAGCAAUUUCCCAGCAGAGGUGAAAGAUCUGACCAAACGUAUAAGGACCGUGCUGAUGGCCACAGCCCAGAUGAAAGAGCAUGAGAAGGACCCCGAGAUGCUGGUGGACCUCCAGUACAGCCUAGCAAACUCCUAUGCCAGUACCCCUGAGCUCCGGAGGACCUGGCUGGAAAGCAUGGCCAAGAUUCAUGCAAGAAAUGGAGACCUGUCUGAGGCUGCUAUGUGUUACAUCCAUAUAGCUGCACUCAUCGCAGAAUACCUCAAACGCAAGGGUUACUGGAAAAUGGAAAAGAUUUGCACACCACCCCUGCUUCCAGAAGACACCCAUCCCUGUGAUAGCAACCCAUUACUAACAACUCCAGGUGGAGGAAGCAUGUUCUCUAUGGGAUGGCCAGCUUUUCUGAGCAUCACCCCAAAUAUUAAAGAAGAAGGAGCAAUGAAAGAGGAUUCCGGAAUGCAAGAUACACCAUACAAUGAGAAUAUCCUGGUGGAACAGCUCUACAUGUGUGUGGAGUUUCUCUGGAAGUCUGAACGCUAUGAGCUCAUCGCGGAUGUCAACAAGCCCAUCAUCGCGGUCUUUGAAAAGCAACGAGACUUCAAAAAAUUAUCAGAUCUCUAUUAUGACAUUCACCGGUCCUACCUGAAAGUGGCAGAGGUGGUGAAUUCCGAGAAGCGCCUGUUUGGUCGCUACUACAGAGUGGCGUUCUAUGGGCAGGGAUUCUUCGAGGAGGAGGAGGGCAAAGAGUAUAUCUACAAAGAGCCUAAGCUCACCGCUCUUGCGGUACCCUUAAUAUUUACACAGGUAAACCCCAAGGAUCUGGACCCCAAGUAUGCCUAUAUUCAGGUGACCUAUGUGACGCCAUUCUUUGAAGAAAAGGAGAUCGAUGACCGGAAGACAGAUUUCGAAAUGCAUCAUAACAUCAACCGCUUUGUCUUCGAGACACCCUUCACUCUGUCAGGAAAGAAGCACGGUGGAGUUGCCGAGCAGUGCAAGCGGAGGACCGUCUUGACCACCAGCCACUUGUUCCCCUAUGUGAAGAAGCGGAUCCAGGUUAUCAGCCAAUCGAGCACAGAACUGAAUCCCAUUGAAGUCGCGAUUGAUGAGAUGUCCAAGAAGGUCUCUGAGCUUAAUCAGCUGUGCACGACGGAUGAGGUGGACAUGAUCAGACUGCAGCUCAAACUGCAAGGCAGUGUCAGCGUGAAGGUCAAUGCUGGGCCAAUGGCUUAUGCCCGGGCCUUUCUUGAGGAGACGAAUGCUAAGAAAUACCCUGACAACCAAGUAAAGCUGUUGAAAGAAAUAUUUAGGCAAUUCGCAGAUGCGUGCGGGCAGGCUCUUGAUGUAAAUGAGCGUCUCAUCAAGGAGGACCAGCUGGAGUACCAGGAAGAACUGAGGUCCCAUUAUAAGGACAUGCUCAGUGAACUGUCGGCCAUCAUGAAUGAGCAGAUUAUGGGCAGGGACGACCCAGCAAAGCGCGGAGUGGAGCGACCCUACACGCGUGCAACUAGCAAGGUGACCCCGGCUGUGCCUGUGGUCUCCAUCUCACCCAGUGCUGAAGUCUGAGAGGAGCCCUGAGGGAUCCGACGCACCUCUCGGAGAACUCUCUGGACUUUUGCAGCUAAUCUCGGGGAAGAAAAAAAAAGAUAGAUUUAAUUUAUUUGAUGUUUUUACAGUGUUAAUAUUUUUGUUUGCCUCGCUAGCUUGAGAAUUUUGUCGGCCUCUGAAUUUGCACAUUUCCUGGGAUCCCUUUGUUUCCUCUGAGUGGUAUUGAUCAAACCACACUGAACAUUUAUCCUGCGAUUCCAAUGAACGUGCAGCUUAAAAGCAAACUGAGUUUGCUCUUGGGUAUAAUUUGUUCAAUCCCAGGUCCUAGCACACAUAUUUUCAAGGUCAAAGUGAAUGUUUUGUAACAUUUAAGCAUAUUUCACAUGUAAAUAGAAAUUUGUAAAAUAUAUGGUUUUUAUCGAAUUUCAGAAGAAUGUUUUUAGUUGAUACUUAUGAAGGUACUAAAAUUAUAUGAGUAACGUUUCAGAUAAUGUUAUAUUAAAAUAUUUGUGUAUGUGUAAAAAAAGUGUUGAUAAAUACUAAUCUUUAAAGUUUGUGAAGUUCCUUUAUUUGUAAUAUAUGUGCUUUUAAAGGCAAUGGUAUGUGAAAUUAUAAAAGUAUUUUGCUGUUGUUAAUAUAAAUAAAAUUACAGUUACUUUGC